ACCAAUCAGAGCGCAGGAGGCGGGUUUUAAUGACACGAGGUUAGAGUGAGUCGGUACUGCUAGGUGUGUGUGAAGAUACAGCAGAAAUACGAUCAAUAUUUUCGUCUGGAAAAUAUCUAAACAAUGAAAUGAGAUGACAGAGGAGAAGAAGGCUGAGCUGUCAUAGCGAUGGAGGGGCCCACAGAGGACAGCCUGUGUGGCAAAUGGAGAAACGGCUGCAGAUUGGACAGAGACAGGCUGAAGGACAUUUUCUCAUGCCGGCUGCUGAAGACCAUCGCCAUGGGACAGGUCCUGUCCCUACUGAUCUGUGGGACGGCGGGCAGCUGCCAGUACCUGGCCGAUGCCGGGGUGGAGACGCCCAUGCUGCAGAGCUUCCUGAACUACGCCCUGCUGCUGCUCACCUACACCCCGACCCUCUGCAUCCACAGAGGUGACGCCAACAUACUGAAGAUCCUGAGAACCAAGUGGUGGAAGUAUCUGGUGAUGGGUCUGGCCGAUGUGGAGGCAAACUACAUGGUGGUGAAGGCGUACCAGUUCACCACCCUGACCAGCAUUCAGCUGCUGGACUGCUUCGUGAUCCCGGUGCUGAUGGUUCUCUCGUGGAUCUUCCUGAAGACGCGUUACAGGCCGCUGCACUUCGUAGCCGUGAUGGUGUGCCUGCUAGGGGUGGGGGCCAUGGUGGGGGCUGACAUCGUAGCCGGGAGGGACCAGGGAUCCACCAAUGAUGUGGUUCUGGGUGACGGCUUGGUUCUGCUCAGCUCCGUCCUCUAUGCUGUGUCCAACCUGUGCCAGGAGCACACGGUGAAGAACCUGAGCCGGGUCGAGUUCCUGGGAAUGAUGGGACUGUUUGGGACUCUGAUCAGCGGCGCGCAGCUGGCUGCACUAGAAAUCAAUGCUGUUAAAGCAAUAAAAUGGGAUCUUUACAUCUUCAUACUGUUUGCGGUCUACGCCCUGUGCAUGUACGCUCUGUACAGCUUCAUGCCGGUGGUGGUGAGGCUGACCAGCGCCACGGCCGUCAACCUGUCGCUGCUCACCGCCGACCUGUUCAGCCUCUUCUGCGGCCUUUUCCUCUUCAGCUACAAGUUUUCUGUGCUGUACAUCGUCUCGUUCAUCAUCAUCACCGUGGGUUUCAUCAUGUUCAACGCCGUGCCGACGCUCUCCGCCGUUCCGGACGGCGCCGACCCGCAGGUAGCCGACGCCGUCUCUGAUCCGGCCGCCGACCGGCUGCUGGCUGCAGGCGGAGACACUCAGAGAACCAGAUCGGUCGUGAUGUUCACAACUCUCUGAUGGAACCAGGUUCUGUAACCGAGGCCAGUUACUGUUACGAGUUACACCGGAUCGUUUUCUGCUCCAAAUCCAGGCAGACCGUUUACAGUCCGGGUCACAGACCUUUUAGCUUUUCCUGUUUCUGAACCUCUGAAUUAUGUGACUGUUCCUGUUAGAGAAUAUUAAAUAUUCCUGAUAAGUUUAGCAGGUUGGACCAUCGGUCUCUGCACUCCUCACUGCACCAGCAUGUGGCCCAGUCUUCCCUUCCUGCCUCCAGUAAACAAACCAUUUCAGAACCAGUGAGCUGAAGCUGUUACACAUUCAUCAAUCUUUAUUUUUGUAGUUCCACAUUUGACUGAGUCUCAGAGAUAAAUUGUUUUUAAAAUUCUCCAGUCUGCUGGUUCUGAUCUCCAUGCAUAAAACAAAAAUCAGAUUCUGAGCAUUAACCAAACAAAAUAAAAUAAUUAUUCUUUAACUAUUCCUCUUGACCUAAAGGGUGCAGAAAGGUAAACGUUUGUAUUUCUCUGGACUAUUUCUACAUCAUCACUUUUCUUACAGUAGACUGGGUAAAUUAUUUUAAAAUAACUUUAAAUUUUUUGCCUUAAAUUUGGUGAAAACUGAUUUCAGGUUGUUACUAAACAUUCCGAAGGACUCGGAUACUUUUACCUCCAAAAAGUGAAAUGUGACCAAAAAUUAAGCAAAACUGUAAACAUAUGAAACGGUGAAACCAUCUGAAUGGUUUCAUCCGUUCAUACCGAUAAACUGAUACAACUGGACUGAUUUCAGUGUCUGAUGAACGGUAACAUUAAUAAUACUAAUAAUAUUAUAUUCAACUUUAUUUUAUUUUAGAGAUGCAGCGAUAUCCAGAUUUGUGCCAAUAUCAAUAUCUGAUAUUAAAACUACUGUUAUGUUGCCAAUAACUGAUGUCUGAUAUAUUUAUUGUCUUUUUUGACCUCAUGAAUAAAGGCCAUCCUGC